AUGCCGUUCCUAAUCCAAGGCAUCCUUUCAUUCAUCCCUUGCUCUAGAGGUGUAAAGACGUGUCCAGCUCACUCAGUUUGUAAAACUGUUGAUUUAUCUGCAUGUUUUUCAGGUUGCUAUGGUUUCUGGUGCUGCCCUUGCCUUGCCUGCACGGUAUCAAAUAGAUUCGGAGAAAACAAUUGUCUCCCAUUAUGUGACAUCCUCAGCCCUUCCAUCUGUGCAGCCUUUGGGAUACCUCUAUUUGUGCCUCCCGCUGCCGUGUCUUUGAGGGCAGCCGUACGAAACAAAUAUGGAAUCAAGGGUUCUAUCUGUAAGGACAUCGCAGCUUCCUGUUUCUGCGUGUGGUGCUCCUGGUGUCAGAUGCACCGUGAGUUAAAACAUCGUAAAAAAGUCCCCGCGAUCAUCAAUAUACAGACCCCAACUGUUGUCCAGAUGCAGCCUCCAAUGAUGAUGGUUCCUGGGAACAUAACCACCACUGGUGUUGUGACCCAAUCAAAUGUCGUCAUGGCUUCAUACUAAAGUUUGUGGCUUCUGAUUGGUUUUAUCCAUCUAUCUUGGUAUGGAACUUUGAUUUAGCUCUUUCUGUUGUUUGGGGUAAUGAAGAUCAAAUCCAUGUAUGUUUGUAUCAGUGAAUUGAAUUGGCAUCAGAAUUAACUGCAUGAUUUCUUAGUUUCUUGACACUACUUUAAUGAUAAUCAUAAUAAUUAUGGUCUAAUGAACUGAAUGAUUUCACCCUUUUUUUUUUACCUCUAUUAAGACAAAGAACACAAAAUAUGCUGUCAAUUAAAUCUUAGACAAAAACAAUUAAUAUUCAAGAAUAAUGUGAUCAGAAUCAAUACUUUCAUGAUUAUAUUAAGUGCAUAUACAUUGCA